AUGUCGACACCAAGCAGUGCCCAGAGUUUGGAUGACGCCAGGAGAAAGACGAAAAAGAAUUCUUCUGUGCGAUCUCUUAGAGAGGAGAAACGCUACAGGUGUGAGGAGUGCAACAAGCAGUUUCACAUCGAUGAGUGUGCGUCCUCCCCAUGCACACACGGAACCUGCACGGAUGGAGUAGCGAGCUACACGUGUAGCUGUGAGAACGGAUGGACAGGACUCAACUGUGAUCAAGACAUUGACGAGUGCGCGAGCAGCCCUUGUUUGCUGGGAGGAACCUGCCUGAAUCAUGAUGGCGGCUACAGCUGUGUCUGUCCUAAAGAUACUACUGGGAAGAACUGUGAAACUGUGCCCUUUGCUGGAGAAUGUUACCAGUUCUCCCCCACCGCUGCUGCCCACCCUGACGCGGCCCGAGCCUGCCGAGCUCAGGACGGACACCUGGUGGAUGUGACAGACCAGCAGCAGCAGACUUUCCUCGCUGACAAGAUCGCGGCUACCACUGGCGUUUCUACCUGGCUCGCAGUGAAAACAGCGGUGAUGUUUUUCAGCAACGGGGCACCUUUUUCAGCCCCCCUGCAGUGGUCCUCCAGUGAACCCGCCGCGCCCUGUGACCUGUGUGUUCUCCUGGACAGCACGGACAGCUUCCUGGCCAAGACAGCACCGUGCACGGAACAGCACAACUACGUCUGCCAGGAUGCCCUGACACCGUGCGGACAGAACAUCUGCCAGAACGGCGGCAUCUGCACCUCCUGCUUCAACGACUCCGCCGCCUUCUGCGACUGUCCUGCCGGGUUUGACGGGAAGAAUUGUGAAAUAGACAUUGACGAGUGCGCCUCCGACCCGUGCCAAAAUGGCGGGAGUUGUCAUGACGACAUCAACUCCUACACCUGCAUCUGUCCAACCGGGUACCAAGGAGACCACUGCGAGUCAGACAUGGAUUGGUGUUCCCAAGUCACGUGUCCUCUUGGGUUUGUCUGCCAGGACUUCACGUUCUACUUCCUCUGCGCUCACCCGACUCCUAUCACCCGUGGGGUCAAGUACAAGUGCAACAGCGCCUCCUGCCCGGACGGCAUGUACUGCACCCAGGAGGGCGUGGCCUCGUUCUCAUGCAAGCCUGAGUGACGUCACAACCGAAGCCUACCACGUGACAACGACCAGCCAAUGGCCGCUUCAUGCGUGCCUUGAAAUUAGUUUUUUUGUCUUAUUUUAA